CUCUGUUCACGUCGUCAAAGAAGCAGGCAGUCUGGAGGCGACCGCCCGAGUCCACGCAGUCUGAGCCGUAGAUGUCAUCAGGUUGCUACAACUCUGAGCGAAGGUUACAGCCCGAGAGGAAAAGUCGUUUGUACAUUUGAGUGUUGCUUUCACUGAUGCUGGGACGUUGUUAGGCGCUUAGUUGGUUGUUCAGUGUGUCUCCGGUCUUCUCUCCGGCCGACCAAUGCUUCUGCAUCAGUUCAUGAACGGAGCCCUGGAAGUCAUGCAUCCCACACCGCUUCAGAAAGACACUACCUUUACCAAAAUCUUUGUCGGCGGGCUGCCGUACCACACGAACGAUGCCUCUCUGAGAAAAUACUUCGAGGCCUUUGGGGACAUUGACGAGGCUGUGGUGAUAACGGACAGACAGACCGGUAAAUCCAGAGGAUACGGCUUUGUGACAAUGACAGAUCGAGGAGCAGCUGAGAGAGCCUGCAAGGAUCCCAACCCCAUUAUCGACGGCAGGAAGGCCAAUGUCAACCUGGCUUACCUGGGUGCCAAACCUCGCAGCAUACAGACAGGCAUAUCCAUCGGAGUGCAGCCCAUUCACCCAGCACUCAUCCAGAGGCAGUAUGGAUUGGCCCAACCGUACGUCUACCCACAAGCCUUUGUGCAGCCCAGCCUGGUGUUGCCCACUCAGGUUUCCACCUCCGUCAGCACCAGCCCCUACCUGGACUACAGCACAGCCUACACCCAGUACGCCCAGGCUGCCUUUGAGCAGCAGUACCCAUAUGCCGCCUCCCCAGCUGGCUUCCUGGGCUACAGCUACGCCACCAGCCCCACAGCCACCGCUGGCUCAGCCACUGCCGCUGCUGCCGCCGCCACAGCCCCGGCCGCCGUCCACCAAAACCUCUCCUCCACUGCCGGCACAGCCCCGGCCUUCCUGCACUACGCCCCGCAGCAACACAUCCAGCCAGACCGUAUGCAGUGAGCUGGAAAGGAAGCAAGGAAGAGAGGGAGUGGUACAGGUGGAGGAGGAGUAGGGAGUUGUAGUCGCUGACCUUCGAACAGAGGAUGGUGAAACACCCUACAGGGUGACCCUGCUGUCAUCAGCAAGGUGCUUUCAGGAAAAAGGGUGGGACUAUUGCACUAUACGAUCAGGAUGAGCUAUUUGCUCAUAGGUAAAGGGGUAAAAGGGGUGGGUAGGGAUUCAAGGACUGUCAAGGUUCAGGUUGGGAAGCUAAACAGCAUAAGUAUGUGGUCGCUUCCAAGGGCUUCCAGAAGCUGACACUUCAUUUUUUUUUAUUAUCAUUAUUAUUAUUAUUAUUUUUAUUGUCCUUUAUUAUUGUAUUAAUGUCAUUGUCAUUUUUUGUUUGUAUGCCAUUAUUAUCAAUGUUAUCAUGGUCUGUGGCUCAAUCAGUGGAAGUUUGGUGUCCAUGGUACAUAUUUGAUGUUUUGAGAGUUGUCUGGGAAAUGUAACACCUUUUUCCUCCCAACUACAUAGUGUCUGGGGGGUGGAUAUGAAAGCCAUUGCUGCUUAAGGACACUCGGGGGGGGCAGUCAGAAAUGGGGGGUGCAGGGUGGUGACCAGGGAAGCAUACAUCCAACCUCUCAGCGUAUCUGCAGUCCUAUCCUGGUGCUAUCCACAGUGAGGUGGAGCACUGCCCCACGAACAAACCUCCAGCAUUCAGCGCCACAGAAGGAGGACGAUGAGAGAUUUCAACUCAAGGACAAAACUGAAAGUUUCAGUAUAAGACUAUGGGAGCUCCAUUGUUUUUGAGUGCGAUGUCAGGACUACACUUUUUAAAAAAAAUUCUUAUCAAUUAAAGAGGCCUUAAUAAAGAAAGAACCUUUUCGAAUCUCUUGAUUCUUCAACGCUCGCCCCAUCACAGCACCAAGUGCAGAAAGCCCUUUGUACCUGGCCAGACUGUUUUCAGCAGUCACAUUAAUCCUGCUUACUUGGCUCUUGAUCAUUUCAGAUGGAUGUAGAUAAUCACAUGCAGUAUGUGGGCGACGGAGACCAAGAGCGCUGCGUAUCGACGUUGAAAGGUAGCCGACACUGAGCUCAAACACCAGUGUAUUUUUUUUUUCUCUUCUUUUCUCACUGAGAUUGUCACAAACUGUUGCUCUCAAAAGGACAUUCAUGUACAGCAUUUUAAAAUGUUUUCAGUCAUCAAGUACAUUUACAAUAUUUAUAUUUAGGUAUUUAUAAGAGGUACUAAGUUAAAAUAGCUUUUUUGUUACUAUGACCAUAGUUGUGGCACUGAUGUCAUUUAACCUGCAGAUCCACAGGUGUCGUAUUCAUUUUGAUCUGUCCUGUCACCAUGUCAGUGGAUUUACCCGGGUGCAUGGAACUACAGUAGAUGCUUGUUUGUAGAUCCCUGACUGGUUGCAUCAAAAAUUUCUCUUUUUUUUUUUUUUUUUCAUCAAAAAUCUCUUUUACAGUCCCAUCAAAGAAGCCAUACCAAAAAAAGUAAAUAAAAAUACUUUGUACUUAAA